GUCAGAAACACCCAAGGGGGCGCGGCAAUAUUUUUAAUCUGACCACAGAACCUGUUAGUUUACUCUUGCUUCCUCAAAGACAAAUCACACGCUGCUUCACAGCAAGUUCCUUGAUGUGACAGUUGCAAUAGAGAAGUGCUUUGAGCACCAGUGACGGAGGAGUCACAACCCCUGAACUGAACCCAAGCCUUAAUCCUUGACCUGUGGACCUUUGAGUCCUGACAUGACUGGGAAAGGUGCCAAAUCCCCGGCAGUAGACAGCCAGAAAUGGAGCAGCAGGCCUGGAUACUGAGGAGCCUCCUGGCCCAGCUGGAAAGUCAGGAGACAGCGGAUGAAGGCACGCCGAACAGCAUUGCCGGGGAGUUUGCGAGGUUGAAGAGUCUGUCAACCAAGUACCGUACUGACAAGACCUUACCCACCAAAACAGCAGAGAAGCAAGAAAACAUCAAGAAGAACCGAUACAAAGACAUUGUUCCCUUUGACCACACCCGGGUGAAGCUCACCUUCACCACAGCCAAAAAUGACAGCGAUUACAUCAAUGCAAGUUUCAUUCAGGGAGUUUCAGGGUCCAGGGCUUACAUUGCUACUCAGGGUCCUCUGCCCCACACAGUGGUGGACUUCUUGAGGAUGAUCUGGGAAUACAACGUCCAGGUUGUAGUGAUGGCAUGUCGAGAGUUCGAGAUGGGAAAGAAAAAGUGUGAGAUCUACUGGCCUCAAGGACAAGAUAAGUCAUUUGUCUGUGAGCCUUUCACAGUUUACUGUGAUUCAGAGGAAAAUAAAGGAGAUUAUCUGAUGAGGACUUUGAGGAUGACUCAUCGCAACUGCAGCCGAACUUUGAAACAGCUACAUUAUGUCAACUGGCCGGAUCACGGCGUGCCAGACUCCAUCCCUCCCAUUCUGGAUAUGUUGCAUGAUAUGCGCUCCUUCCAGGCUCAUGAGGACGUUCCUAUAUGCAUCCACUGCAGUGCUGGCUGUGGUCGAACAGGAGCUCUGUGUGUUAUUGACUACACCUGGAACCUCUUGAAGAACAACAUGAUCGCCUCCAAUUUCUGUAUCUUUGAUUUAGUGCAAAACAUGAGAACCCAAAGGCCCUCUGUGGUGCAAACCAAGGAGCAAUAUGAACUGGUCUACAGAACCAUCAAGUUUCUGUUUGAGAGAUAUUUGGAGAUCAUGGAUUCACAGACCUGUCAAAAUGAGUUAACACCAGCUGCACCUGCGAUCGUUCCUGCUGUCACGGCAAGCGAGCUCUCUGACAUCGGAGAAGACCUGGAUCUGAAGACGCGCUUCCAGCACCUGCUUGACGAGGAACGGGACGUAAUGCAGAACCACCACGCUCCCUCUGCUUCACAAACUCUCAUCCCUGUGAAAGCUGGCGACAUGCAAAGCGACUGGCAACAACAGCACCUUCUCAGAACCCGUGCAGAGGCCCUGAGCUCGGACCAGGACCUGCACGAAGAGCCCAGAACUCCACCUAAGCCGGUGCGCUUAAGUCAGAGAACUGAGGAGAGAGCACUGGAAAAUGAGGCCAUACCACCACUGAACCUUGCUCCUUCGCCAGCUGUGAGACACUCCAUUUGUCUAACGGUAGAAGACCCCUACUUCGAAACUCCGAUGAGCUCCCCUUCAUCAGAGGAGGCGCCCACAAACCCUGCUGAAGACCAGUGGACACGGAGCCCUGUCUUCAGUCCACCAUCACUGCUUCUGAACGACCAGACUAUGGAACCUAACUGUCCCGCCUCGGUGUGUGUUGUAGGAAACGUAGAAGUCCAUACAGACGGUGAAGCACCUCCUCCUCUGCCUGAAAGGACCCCCGAGUCUUACGAACUGGCUGGAAAUGCAGGCCCUGCAGACCCCUGUGAAAUGCUGUCAGUUAUCAUCCCACGUAAUGCUGCAGCCGAGGCUGUCCGGGAGUUGGGAGGCGGUCCACCGUCACCAGUCCCUCCACUUCCAGAGAGAACUCCUGAAUCUUUUGAACUGGCUUCUGACCAAGCUUCAUCCUCCGAGCAGAGGACAGCAGUCAAGCCCGCCGUGGACCUGAAUGUGAUUGGAGUCUCUUCAGAGUGGUCCGGCUACUCAAACCCAAACCCAGCUGCUGCUACGUUUCACGACGAGGCGAAAAUGUUCACGAGAAGCAAGAGUCUGAAAGUAAAAAUGACCUCCACAGCACCAGUAACAACGUUUGAUCUCACAUCUAAUGUGGCUUCAAACACCCUUCCAGACCCACCAACUCGUCCUCAGCUUCCUCAAACUGAGGAGGAUCCAACUCCUCCUCUUCCAGAGAGAACGGCUGAAUCGUUCAUCCUCGGAACAGAGGAAAUUCCUGGGAAAACCUCACUUCACCCAGACCGCUUCCAAACAGCAGACCCCUCAUCGCGGACCGGGACAUCGUCGGAGUGGGGCGGCUCCUCUCAGCCCAAGUUUUUUGACGUCAUCAUGAGCAGGAGCAAGAGUGUUCGAGCCAGAGGUUCAAGUCAAGAGCCCCUCACUGCAGCUCGGCAGCUCACUCCACUUCCUGUGGUUCUAACUGGAGGAGGAAGUGCACAAGGGAGCCAUGAUGGCAGCCACUGGUCGCCCCCGAGGACUAACAGCUCGGACAACACGCCGGACAGAAACCAGGAGAAGGCCAUGACGAGAUCAAAGAGUAUGAAAUUUUUCAGACCCAAACACAAAUCUAAGCCAGCCCCCACACCACCUCUCACUGAACCUGGAGCACUUUCGCAGUUGCCCAGCACUUCGUCUUCACCGUUCAAAUUUGGAUUUGGGAAUCGCUUCGGAAAGCCCAAAGGCCCCAGGAAGUACCCAGAGACCUGGGUUUGAGACCGCAGCUGCUCUUCCAGGGAUGCUCACAGUAAUAUACCGCAGCAGAUUUAAGCUUUAUUGCAUGUGUCCCAGCAGGAGGUGACACACAGUCAACGGACUUCACCUACGCAGCUUACACAGUCGCAUUCACUCACACACUCACAAAAGUGUUAAAAUGUGAAGACGGGGAGAAAUCGGGGAUCAAACCACGAACAUUUUGAUUGGAAGGCGACCUGCUCGGCUGAGCCACGGCCGCUCCACACUCAGGCAACAUCUCCCUGUCUGGGGCCAAUCAGAAGAGAAUCAGCGCUGCAACAAACACCUCAACGGCACCUGCUUUGAUUAGUUUGCGGGUUUUUUUUUUUUGCUUUCCAAAUUAUGAACUGUGGUUGAUUGUAAUCAUUGACAAGUGCCUUCUCAGACGACUCAGACAGCCGCUCAGAGCCGACAAGUUCAGGAGCCGACGGGACUAAUUUAACAACUCCUGCUACCAAAUGUGGUGCCUCCGGGAUAUUUGCUUGUGUGUCUGUGUUGGAAAUACAAAGGACAGGGUGAUAAAUCUACUUUACAUUACAUUCUAUUUAGUUUUGUCUUCAUGUGACAAUCCACACGUCCCCGGCAUGUUUUUGCUAUGAUUUUAAAACGAUACAGUGAAUGUAACGCAUAUUGAUUAUGCAGACGAUGAAACUGAAUUACAAAUACCUGUUAGAGACUAAAUUUAUUUAUUAAAAAAAUACUGAAAGUUA